AGUACAACAAAGAUAGGUGCGGACUUGGGAAAAUCCAGCACCCGUUGGCCUGUACUCUGUCUCUCCUCCCACAUAGGCCGCAUUCCCCUUCCGUCACCCAUGGAGGCUGGAGAAAUCGGCGGCGCCCUCCUCUUCGUCCUCGCCGCCGCCGCGGCCCUCGCGACCGCCGUCUCCACCGGCGCCGUCGAUUUCAGCCGCCCACUCACCGUGGGCGGGCGGCUGGACUUCCAGGAUACCAUUUCGUGGUUCAUCGGCGUCUUCGAUGGCUCCUCGUCGGAGUCAGCCGGCGGCGUGUCGCUGGCGGAUGUGUACGAGCUGUGGGUGCGCGUGCGGGGCGGCGUGAUCGCGCCGGUGCUGCAGGUGGCCGUGUGGGUGUGCAUGGUCAUGUCGGUGAUGCUGGCGGUGGAGGCCGUGUACAACAGCUUGGUCAGCCUCGGCGUCAAGGUCAUUGGCUGGCGGCCCGAGUGGCGGUUCAAGUGGGAGCCCAUCGCCGGCGACGACGAGGAGAAGGGGGCCGACGCCCACUACCCCAUGGUCCUGGUGCAGAUACCCAUGUACAAUGAGCUGGAGGUGUACAAGCUGUCGAUAGGGGCGGCAUGUGAGCUCGAGUGGCCAAAGGAUAGGAUAAUUGUCCAAGUGCUGGAUGAUUCCACCGAUCCGUAUAUCAAGAAUUUGGUGGAGCUUGAAUGCGAAGACUGGGCGAGCAAGGGUAUGAAUAUUAAGUAUACCACGAGAAGCGGCCGCAAGGGGUUUAAAGCAGGAGCCCUGAAGAAAGGAAUGGAAUAUGACUACGCCAAGCAGUGUGAAUACGUUGCUAUAUUUGAUGCUGAUUUCCAGCCUGAACAAGACUUUCUUCUCAGGACAGUCCCCUUCUUUGUACACAAUCCAAAAGUUGCUCUUGUUCAAGCUCGGUGGACCUUCGUGAAUGACACAGCAAGCCUGUUGACAAGGGUACAAAAGAUGUUCUUCGAUUACCACUUCAAAGUCGAGCAAGAAGCGGGAUCAGCAACCUUUUCCUUCUUCAGUUUCAAUGGAACUGCUGGAGUAUGGCGUGCAGCAGCCAUCAAGGAGGCAGGGGGUUGGAAGGACCGCACUACAGUUGAAGAUAUGGACUUGGCAGUUCGAGCAACCCUAAAGGGUUGGAAAUUUAUAUAUGUCGGGGAUAUCAGAGUUAAGAGUGAAUUGCCAUCCACUUACAAGGACUACUGCCGACAGCAAUUCCGGUGGUCCUGUGGUGGUGCACAUUUAUUCCGACAAGUAGCAAAAGAUAUUUUGGCUGCUAAAGAUGUAUCUGUCGUCAAGAAGUUCCAUAUGCUCUAUAGUUUCUUUUUGGUGCGGAGAGUUGUGGCCCCUACGGUCACAUGUAUUCUCUACAAUAUCAUACUUCCAAUAUCAGUCAUGGUACCAGAACUAUUCAUACCAGUCUGGGGCAUCGCCUAUAUUCCCAUGGUACUUUUAGUGGUCACAGCGAUAAGACAUCCCAAAAAUAUACACAUAUUGCCAUUUUGGAUUUUGUUCGAGAAUGUGAUGACCAUGCAUCGCCUGAGAGCUGCACUGGCUGGUCUAUUUGAAUUAUCGGAGUUUAACGAGUGGGCCGUGACAAAGAAGGUAGGAAACAAUUUUGAAGACACUGAUGUUCCCUUGCUCCAGAAAACCAGGAAAAGAAUAAGAGACAGGGUGAACUUUCGUGAGAUGCUAUUUGCAGCGUUUCUUUUCUUCUGUGCAUCAUACAACCUUGUAUUCCCUGGGAAGACUAGCUACUAUUUUAAUCUCUAUCUCCAAGGAUUAGCAUUUGUAUUCCUAGGGCUAAACUUCACUGGCACUUGCACAUGGUGUCAAUGACAACAGCUAGACUGUAUGAAUUGUUGUUAUAUGUUUUGUUUAUGAGUAUAAACACUUCAAAUAUUUCA